UUCAACAUUCCCAAGAUCCAUUCCAUGCGCCACUAUGUCCAAGCAAUCCGUUCUUUGGGCAGCGCAGAUGGUUUCAACUCGGAAAGCCCUGAACGAUUACUUAUCGACUAUGCGAAGGAUGCCUAUCAGGCAAGCAGCAAAGUGGAUUAUAUAGCCCAGAUGACUCACUGGCUUGAACUUCAAGAGGCCGUAUUUCGCCAUGGAAUCUACCUCGAAUGGAUCGCCUCACAACGCAAAUGCCCACUCAACUUAGACACACUUGAGGCUGAUGAGGAGGAGGAUGAGGUUGCCAUUUUGGAUGGUGGGAGUCAUGAUUUCUUAUCAUCUCAGUUCAUUCCUUCUGGUCUGCUUGCCUCACAUGGCUACUGUGUGGCCAAGAGCUGCCCUUUUUUGAAUGUGUCCGUAUCUCGUCUGCAGACUGCUUUUGGCGCUGUCGACUUUGUACCCGCGCUUCAAACAUUCCUCACCCGUCACUUUCCCCAUUCAUCAGUUUCUGCCAGCGAGUAUGAUCGCUUUGACGUGUUCAAAUCUGUUCUGCUUCUGCUGCCUAAACAAAACCACAUCAGCAACCUCAAACGGUAUCUUACUAGGAUGUGA